AUGAAGAAUUCACGUCAGCCCAAUAGGCUGUGGGUUUUUGAUAUCUACUUAGUUUACCUUCGGACGACAGACAGCGAAAUGUUGCCAGUUUGUUCAUAUCUAUCUAUCUAUCUAACGCAGUUUGUUCACAUCUAUGUCUGUUCAUAUUUAUCUAUCUCUCAGUCUGUUCAUAUCUAUCUAUCUAUCUAUCUAUCUAUCUAUCUAUCUAUCUAUCUAUCUCAGUUUGUUCACAUCUAUCUCAGUCUGUUUAUAUCUAUCUAUAUAUCUCAAUUUGUUCAUAUCUAUCUAUCUAUCUAUCUAUCUAUCUAUCUAUCUAUCUAUCGCAGUUUGUUCACGUGUAUUUAUCUCAGUCUGUUCAUAUCUAUCUAUCUCAGUUUGUUCAUAUCUAUCUAUCUAUCUAUCUAUCUAUCUAUCUAUCUAUCUAUCUCAGUCUUUUCUAUCUAUCUAUCUAUCUAUCUAUCUAUCUAUCUAUCUAUCUAUCUAUCUCUUCUAGUCUGUUUAUAUCUAUACCAGCCUAUCUCAGCCUGUCCAUAUCUAUCUAUCUAUCUAUCUAUCUAUCUAUCUAUCUAUCUAUCUAUCUAUCUAUCUCUGUCUGGUCAUAUCUAUAUCUCUUUCCUCUCUACCUAA